CAUAUCUUGAAUCUCUCCAUGGUCCUCGAUGGAAUCCGAUGAAGCUUUGUCCGAGGCUUUGCUUUCGAGGAAACCUAUCCGGCGCGUCGCACUCGCGUGCAUUGCAUGUCGCCUGAGAAAAGUAAAGUGUGAUUCCACACAACCAUCCUGCAUUCGCUGCCGAGUUGAUGGCAAACAAUGCGAAUAUCAGAAAUCCCGCCGGGGAGGCCGCCCUCGACGCCCUGCUGCGGCUCCAGUACAAGCAGCGAGCUGGCCUGACCCAGCGCAAGCUCCCACUAUUAAUGGGCCUGUGGUUCACGCUCCACCGUCCUUGAGUGUGGCUGGAAGCACAUCCGCCCGGAGUGGUUCAUCCGGCUCGUCUCGCAGUCCGUUCCGCACUUCUCCACCUUCGUCGACGGGCAACUCGGACGCCUUAUUGGACCUUGGGUCGUUAUUUGGGUUCGGGUCAGUUGCAUGGCUCCGUGAAGCAACAUCUGGUAUUACUGGAAUCCAGGCGGACCGCCUGUUGACACAAUACUACGUCUACUUCCAUGCGUCGCAUCCAUGCGUCCUCCCCAAGGUUGCUCUCCACGCGCGAUUGGUAAAUGAACCGGGCUUCGCCUGCACUCUCCUUCCCGUGUUGUUAUACAUAGGAUCUAUCUUCACGGACUCUGCCCCCUCCGAUCUAUUAUCUGAGAUCGCUUUGAAAGCUGUUAACGAGGUUCGGUCUCAAGGCUCGCAUUUUACCCCCGUUUUCGUGCAAACGUUGACCUUGUACUCCAUUGCCGUAUAUUGGUGCAAUGAACCACAACGAGGUCGCAACAUAUUGGAUGAAGCAAUCCAGGUCGCAGUCGAUAUCGGAAUGCACCGUGCACAGUUUGCGAAACAACAUGGCUGCGACGACCCAGUUCUUGAGGAGAGUUGGAGGAGGACGUGGUGGCAGCUAUACAUUACAGACGCACAUAUCGCAGGGAGCACGCAUACAUUCCCAACAAAGACAGGAGCAUUGCACAUAACUACCGAGCUGCCAUGUGAGGAAGAGCUGUAUGACUGUGGCGUACGUUCAUUGAUCGCAAGUUGAGAUUGACCAGACAUUGGUAACUUUGUUGUAGCAAAUCCCGCCCAGCCCAAAUUUACGCAGCUAUGACGU